UGGUGUGAGUGAGUUAGCGGGUUGUUUUGGUUGCUUUGUACGCCUUGCAAUGCUACCUGCGAUGCGGCUGCGGUUCCGCUGCUCCAGCCUGGCCCUGGUCUGGGCUCUGCUGUCCAUCACCGCUCGGUGUCAAUCUCCGCCAGCCCCGUCCUGGGACCUCAUUGAUUCCCGGCCGCUCCCACCCUGGUACGACCAAGCAAAGUUCGGCAUCUUCAUCCACUGGGGCGUCUUCUCAGUGCCCAGCUUCGGCAGCGAGUGGUUCUGGUACUACUGGCAGACGCGGAAACUGAAGCCCUAUGUGGAGUUUAUGGAGAGAAACUAUCCUCCUGGAUUUACGUACCCGGAGUUUGCUCCAAAGUUCUCAGCUGCCUUCUUUGAUGCAGCACAGUGGGCUGACCUCCUGAACGCCUCGGGGGCCAAGUACGUCGUUCUGACCUCCAAGCACCAUGAAGGCUUCACACUCUGGGGAUCCAAGUACUCGUGGAACUGGAACGCAGUUGAUGUGGGUCCGCACCGUGAUCUUGUUGAGGAGCUGGCACAAGCUGUUCGCAGCAGGACAAGCUUGAGGUUUGGCCUCUAUCACUCCCUCUUUGAGUGGUACAAUCCUGCCUUCCUGGAAGAUGCUGCCAACGUGUUCCGGACCAACAAGUUCCCCACCACAAAGAGCCUGCCUGAGUUGUAUGAGAUUGUGAAUAAAUACCGCCCAGAGAUCCUGUGGUCUGAUGGGGAUGCUGGAGCACCCUAUACCUACUGGAACAGCACUGGCUUCCUGUACUGGCUCUAUACUCAGAGUCCCGUUCGAGAGACGGUGGUAACCAACGACCGGUGGGGCUCUGGCACCAUCUGCAGGCACGGUGGCUUCUACACGUGUGCCGACCGAUAUAGCCCCGGCCACCUCCUCGACCACAAGUGGGAGAACUGCAUGACCAUCGACUCCAAGUCGUGGGGGUACAGGAGAGAGGCGCAGCUGCAAGACUACCUGUCCAUAGAAGAGCUCGUGAAGACGCUGGUUGAGACAGUGUCCUGUGGAGGGAACCUCCUGAUGAACAUUGGGCCCACUCACGAUGGUCGGAUCAUUCCCAUCUUCGAGGAGAGGCUGAGGCAGAUGGGGCAGUGGCUGCGAGUCAACGGAGAGGCGAUCUACAAGACCAAGCCCUGGAGGAGGCAGAACGACACCGUGACGCCCGGCGUAUGGUACACGUCGGUACCGGGGAAGCCGGUGGUUUACGCAACCUUCCUCUCUUGGCCAAAGCAAGGGCUGCUAAUCCUUGGUGCUCCUCAUCCCACCGCAGGGAAGACAAAGGUAAACCUGGUUGGAUACUCGGCGCCUCUGGAGUGGGAGACGUUUGGAGGCCAGGAGCUGGUGGUGAUGCUUCCCAGUGUGAGCGCCGACCAACUACCCUGUCAGUGGGCCUGGAGCGUGAAGCUCACCAACGUGUCGUGAUGACGAUGGUGGGGGCGUGAGGAGCGAGAACCUGAACGGGCCAUUGGAAGGCCCUUCAGCGCGAUCUCCUCUUUGUUAGGUUUCAUCUUUCUCUUUGGACUUUCAAACUUUCAAUGAUUGCUAUAGCAGAUGUGGAGGCCGAUGUUGCUGCUGUGGCGAGCACAAUGCACCAUUCUCAACCUGUGCAAAGUUUUACACUUGCCUCGGUAGGUGUAGCGGCCCUCUGCGCCCAUCACUCCACUGGGCAGGAUCUGUGGAGACUCAGCACAGAUGGGAUGCUCGUGACCUGAGACCAGUUGGCAAGGCCUGCAUCAAGAACACGUAUGAAAAGCCCAUUGGUUGACCCCGUCCUCAACCACGGAUGAAAUGGAGGCGGGCAGGGGUGCUGCCUCUCAGCUGUAAAUGGUCAUGGGUGUGGGCACUAGUGGGGAGGUACAGCACCGUGCUCCUGCUGUGCAGACCACCCUGAAACCCGAUCCAUUAUCAGAUCCGCCACCAGCACCACUUACCUUUUUUCUCCAAAGAGACCGAUCGCUCCACGAACCCACUCUUCCACCCUCCUUCAUUCCUCCUGGUCACGGCAUCUCCCCAUGCAACAGCAGGUAUGCAGGGGGAGCAAAGAAACUGCAGGUGCUGGUGUAUACCGAAGAUAGUCACAAAGUGCUGGAGUAACUCAGCGGACCAGGCACCAACUCUGGAGAAAAGUGAUGGGUGACAUUUUGGGUCGGGACCCUUCUUCAAACCCUGUGCAAAGAUAGAGUCUGAAGAAGAGUCCCGGCUUGAAAUGUCACCCAUCCUUUUACUCCAGAGAUGCUGCCUGGCCUGGCCUGCUAAAUUACUCCAGCACUUUGUAUCUAUUUUCUUUCCUCUAACCUCCCUUCCCUGUCUAGGACCCGUAACACUCCUUCCAGAUGAAACCACCAUUAAUUUCUGCCUCUUCUGAUUUUGCAUACUGCAUUUGAGAAUAUCUGCAAGGUAAGGUUAAUUCUCCACCUCACUCUCACUCUGACCUCCUCCUUUCACCUCCAACAUCUCCUCAUCUUAUGAUGAAGCACGUUACAGACUGCUGGGCUCAGCACUGAAAUUAACAAUCGCAGUAACCAGCCUUUCCAGUUUUUGUCAGAACUGUUCCAUUCUGAUGAGUGGUAAGAAAGCUGAAAUGUUCGCCCUGUUUCUUCCACCACAGGGGUGGCUGAGAUACCAGCCUGCAAAGUCCCCGUGGAAUUCAGUUAUCGGAACAGAUCUGCCAGCUCCGACUGUUCCAGGGCCCCUUCGCUGCAGGAGGCAAAUUUGUCCCGCUGAUUGGUGUGGAAGUCCCGAUGAGGUUGAGGUUGGCUGCCUCACCCGGUCUAGGUGCCGUGUUUUCAGGAAGGGAUUUUAAGAGAGUUCUCGUAAUUUUGUCCAGAUUAAAGGUGCUGGACCACCAGUUAUUGGAAAAUCGGUGGUGGUAUAUCAGUUUAUUUUAAAGUUGUAUUGUGAUGAUAUAUUAAUGAACAAAACAAAUUGGGCUAAUUUCCUGCAUAUUUUGGUUAAUAAAUCAUUGAACA